AUGGACCAAAAUCAACAACAACAACAACAACAACAACAACAACAACAACAACAACAACAACAACAACAACAACAACAACAACAACAACAACAACAACAACAACAACAACAACAACAACAACAACAACAACCUCCCAAUGGAAUGAUGCCAAUGAAUGGAGAACAAACUACACCAAUAAUACCACAAAAUAGAAAUAUAUCAUUAUCAUUGGUCAUUCAUAGAUUAGUAGAACAAUCAUACAAUAGUUUAUUGGGAUUAACAGAAGGAUUACCAAAGGCCAAUGAUUUAGAGAGAAAAAAAGCAAUUGUUGAUUAUUUAGAUGGUACAAGAGAGAAAUUUCUUAGAUUAAUGGUUUUAAUUAAAUGGUCAGAACAUGUACCAACUCUUACAAAAGCAAAUAAUAUAAUUGAUAUAUUAAAUCUUGAGGAUUCAUAUCUUAGAGAAGCAGCAGAUUUAUUAAUAAAUACACAAUUCAGUUUAGUGAAUGCAAGAGCACCAAUUUAUGAUGUGCCCACUGCAAUUGAUGUUUUAACAACAGGUACUUAUCAAAGAAUGCCAACAAACAUUAAGAGAGUAAUACCACCACCACCUUUAAAACCAACUCAAAUUGAAUCAGCCUUAGAAAGAUUAAAUGAUAUCAUCAAAUAUAAAUUAUUCAUUAGUGAUGUUCCAAAAGAAUUUCAACCUAUUACUGUUUCUGAUGGUAAGGCUCAUAUAUUUGUAGAUGAUGAAUAUGAAGCCUACUUAACGAUUGAUGGUGGAUCAGAGAAAUCAAAUUGGGUUAUAUUAUCAUUGAAUUUAUUUGUAUACUCAAAAAGAAAUUUAAAUGGUGAAGGACCAAUCAAAGUUGCAUAUGAUAAUAAAAUGAAAUAUGUUUUAGAUAGAGUUCAAAAUCGUAUCAUUUCAUCUGCUCAACCAUUAUUUGAAUUACAUAAUAUAGUUCAUUAUUUAUGUAUAUCAUCGCAAAUGGAUAUUUUAGCAUCACAAGUUGAAAACUUAAAGAAAACCAUUCUAAAGAAUAAUAUAAGAUGUGUAUUUGGUAAAGAUCAAUCUAUUACAGUAUUUUAUUGGUUACCUGAAGAUUUUAAUUUGGUUGGUGUAACACAACAUACAUUAGGAAAUCUAAUGCCAAAUAAACAUACAAAUUUUAAGAUUUACAUUGAUGAACAUCAAAAAAUUAAAAUAUCACAUUAUCCACCAAUUACUCAUCCAAAAAAUGAAAAUUAUUUUAAAAUUGCAAGUUUAAAUUUAGAAACUAUUUUAUUACAAGCAAUUGAAUUGAAUGCAUAUGAUAAAGUUUAUCUUUUGAAUUCAUUAUUAUUAGAUAAUAGAAUCACAGCAAAUACAACAUCAUCAUCAUCAUCAUCAUCAUCUAAUAAUAAUAAUACUGCAUCACCAAUAAUCAAUAGAAAUAAUAAUAAUGGUAAACCAAAUUUAUUAUCAACUAAACAAUCUAAUAACCCAUUAAGCAGAUCAUUCCAUUUAAAUGAUAUAAAGUUAAUAAUGAGUUCAAGAUUCUCUGAUGAAAAUCAAAAUGAUUCAAAUGGAAAUAAUGAUCAUUUACCAACUGUAUUGAGAGUGAUGUUAUAUGGUUCAAAGUUUUUAGAUAUCACUGUAAACUUUCAAAAUGGUAAAUUCUCACUCAUUAAAUCUUCAAAUUAUAUAGAGUUUACAAAUCAUUUAGAACAAAGAUUAAAUAAAGAUCCAAAUGAAAUUGAAUCAAUUGUAAAUGUAUUUAAAUUAAAGUCACUUUUAACAUGUUUUGAAGAAGCAUCAUUAUUUUUAGGAUUAGAAUGUUUUAAUAAGAUACCAUUACAAAUGAAUAGUAGUAAUAAUAGUGAAAGUAAUCAAUUGGCGAAUGAAUUAUUCUCUGAUUCAAAUUUCAUUUGUGUUAGUAUUAGUUUAGCAAAAGAGAAUAACCCAUAUUAUUUAGUUAUCUCUAUAAAGGCAACUUGUUUCACUCCAUCAUUUCAUUUACUAUUUUGUAAGAUGUUACCAAAAUCAACCAUAAUGACAUUGGAUUCUAUCAUUAAAUUAGAGAGUGAUCAAUUGAAUAAACUAUUGAAAGAAUGUCCAAUCGGUAGUAUAUCAAGUAGUAAUAAUACCAAUAGUAAUGGAAAUGGUCCAUUUCAAAGUUAUAUCUCUACACUCUUGGAAAAGAUUGUUGAAGCUUCAAAUCAAAAAAUUAAUUUAUUAUCAAUUCAAUCAUUUUUAAAGAAAGAAAAUAUAAAUUAUUAUCAACCAUCUCAACAAGAUAUUGAAAAUAAUAAUAAUAAUAAUAAUAAUAAUAAUAAUAAUAAUAAUAAUAAUAAUAAUAAUAAUAAUAAUAAUAAUAAUAAUAAUAAUAAUAAUAAUAAUAAUAAUAAUAAUAAUAAUGGUAAUAAUGGUUAUAAAAAUAAUGGAAUCACAACAACUACAUCUAUUGUUUUCCUUUUUAAUGAACAACAAAUUCAAAAGAUUUCACCAUUCCUUUCAAAUCAUAUAUCACAUCAAACACCAAUUACAAUUUCAUUUAAAAAUGGAUUUUAUACUUUAUCAUUCACUCAACAAAGACCAUUUGAAUAUAAGAAAUAUGGUAGUGGUAGUAAUAUUAAUAUAAAUUCUUUCGGAGAGAAUAAUUCAAAUGAAAAUUAUAUAUAUAGAAAAGGUAAUUGGAUAUUUAAAUAUCAACAAACUAGUGAUUGGUUUAAUAGUUUUUGUAAUGAUUUAAUGACAAUAUCAAAGAUUACCAAUAUAUCAUCACAAUUAUUGAAACAAAUGGAGACAUUAGAAAUCUAUAAACAAUUGAUAACUCAUUUAACUAUUAAACCAAUGUCAAUUGAAUUUGUUUGUUUUGUUGGUUCAAAUCAAACUCGUACCAAUGUUAUAAUGUUUGUAGAGAAGAAAACCGCUGAAAUUAAAUUAUCAUUUCAACCUUACUCCAAUCCAUUGUUGGUCUAUUUAGAGAAAGAUAUCAAUCAAUCACCAACAAAUGAUAUUACAAAUUCAUUACGUGCCAUCAUCAACUCCAAUGAUAUCUCUGUCUACAUCAAUUCAUUGAUAUCACCAUUGGAGUUAAGUUUCUAUUUACCAUUGGAGAUUCUGGUCAUACCAAGAUCAAUUUGUCAAAUUCGUCUUCUCUAUAAAAAUCUUUAUGGUAUUGAUAUUAAAUUGAUCUCUCAUGAAUAUUGUGCCAUCAGUGAUUCUUUCUACUCUUUAAAUUCUAGUAAACAAGUUAGACUAACAAGUAUAAAUCAAUUACAUUCAUUUAUGGAACAAAGAGUUUCACUUCAAGCUUUAGAUAAUCCAACUGGUCAUCGUACAAGUUGGCUAUUACCAAUUAAACAAUUUCAAAAAACUAUUAGUAGAAUUUUCAUUUAUUUAAAUUCUUUAAAUACUUUAAAAUUUGCUCAAAAUUUAAUGAAACCAAAUUUUCAACCACUUGUACCAUCAAAUCCAUCAUCUCAAAAGUUUAGCAAUGAUUAUUUUAUUGUAUCAUUUUCAAUUCGUGAUUAUACAUCAUUUGAUAUUGAUGUAACAAAUAAAAAUCUAGAGAAUUCAGUACCAUCCAAUGAAGAGUUGGCAUUGUUUUGUCAAUAUUUUAAGAAAAAAGUACAACAAUUAAACUAUAGAUCUCAAACCAUUGGUUCUUGUAUUCAAAUGUUAACAUUACCACCAAAGAUACUUUGGGAAUUCAUUAGAGUACUCUUGGAGAUUACUGGUCCAAAAUUCGAUGGUUAUACAAUUGAAAUCUCUCUAAAUACCUCUAGUAUUCACUCAAAGAAUAAAGAAUCCUUUUUUCAUAUCCCUGAUGAGAAUCAAGUUUAUUUCAUAUUACGUUAUUUGAAUUCAUCUCGUACAGAUAUCAUACCACCUGAUCAAUUCACUGAUAUUCCAAUCAUUUAUAACUACAAUGAAAAAUCAAUACGUUAUUGGAAUAAAUUGGAUUCAAAUAGCACUUCCUCCUCCUCCUCUUCAACACUUCCAAAGAAAUCUCUAUCAAUUGUUGAAGAAGUUAAACAAAAAUUCGUUGAAGAAGUUGCAAAAUUAAUCCCUGAUGCUUUAAAUGCUUCCUCUGGUAAAUCUUCUCCAAUUUCAAUUUUCUUUAAAUCUUUUCUCCCAAAAAUUAAACCAAUUUUCUCAAAUCCAACUGCUUCCACUUUGUUAUUAAUACAACAACAACAACAACAACAACAACAACAACAACAACAACAACAACAACAACAACAACAACAACAAAUUGAAAAUAAUAACUUUGCCUCUGCUUCAUCAUCAAUUAGGUAA